AUGGCACGAGCUGAUUCGGGGUAUAUAAGUAAGCAUGGCUCUAUCUAUAGUGAUAGCUCGUCACAAACUCUUGUGGAGAGACAAGAGGACGUCUAUAGUCUCAUUGAUAACAAUAACAACAACAAUAGUAAUCAUAGAACGAGAUUUUCUUCCUAUUCCGACUUGAGUGUCCCAGAUGACUAUAAUUCAUUCGCGGCGACUCCCGCGCCUCCAUUACACCCACCCUCUUCUCUCCUUCAGACUUUUGAUUUACAUCAAAAACAGGGACAAUACUCUACAUCUCGAAGAGGUUCUCAUACACAGAAUGACCCCCCUCAAUCAAUACCGCAGCCAUAUUCAACAACUUAUCCAUUUUCACAUUCACGUUCUUCUUCUUUGCCAUCAUCUAAUCGAUCUUCUAUUUCUUCGUCGCCGUCCAGAGCAGAACAGCAAUUAAGAGGAGGAGAAAAAUGGAAUUUACAUCGCUCAAGAUUAAGCGAAUCAGAUGCACCAUCCCAUCGCUCCUCACUUUCUGGGAGUGUCGGUGAUGCAGCUACUGAUUUUAAUGCUUAUGAUGUAAUUCAUGAACUUUUUGAUGCUUAUCAUGAUGAUGAUAGCAUUCGCUCACCAAUAGAACAAAAUCUUUCUAAUAAUUUUGAUGAUUCUCGCAGAGAAUUAGAAAUAAUACAGCGCAAAUUAGAACAAGAAUCAAAAAAUCAACAAAUAGAUGAAAAUCCUGCGAAAUAUCCGAGUCCACGUUCUCAAAAUCGUCAACACCAACUCGAUGGUUCACAACCUAUUAAUUUUGCACAGUAUCAAGGAGUUUCGAAUGAUCCAUUUAAUUCAUCCUCGAAAGAAAAGUCCCCUGAAGAAAUAGAAUCAGAAGCUGUUGCUGCGAGAAACAGGAAACGUGAGGCCGCUGUGAAAGAAAUUAUUACAACUGAACGUACUUAUGUAGAUAGUCUUAGAAAAUUAGUCAGCUAUUUCCUUGUUCCUUUAAAGGAAAAUUAUCAGAAAUCCACAUCUAAAAAUGUGAUACUUUCGACUAAACCAAUGGCAACCAUGGAAGAUAUUUCGGCUUUGUUUGGCAAUGUUGAACAAAUACUUUCUCUACACGAACAGCUACUCAAGCAAUUAGAAGAGAGAUAUGCUAAUUGGAGUCCUACAGAGCUUAUUAGCGGUGUUUUUUUGCAAAUUGCACCGUACUUAAAAAUGUACACUACGUAUUUGAAGAGCUUCCCACAAGCAAUAGCAACAAUGGAUCGAUUAAACAAAGAAAGCCAGUCAUUUAAGAAAUUUUUAAUACAAAGUUCAGAGAAACCAGCACUCAACGGCCUGCAAUUGAAUUCAUUCUUAAUCAUGCCAAUUCAACGUAUUCCACGAUAUAAGCUUCUACUGGAAGCGUUAUUAAAAUACACACAUGAGUCUCAUCCCGACUAUACCUCUUUGACGAAAUGUGUUCAACAGAUAACAGUCAUUGCGGAUGAUGUGAAUGAAAAGAUAAGAGAUGCUGAGAAUCAACAAAAAGUUAUUGAAAUUCAGGGACAAGUAGAAGGACUACCAUCUGCCAUUGUGAGACCAGCACGUCGUUUCAUUUUCCGAGGAGAUUUAUACAAAGUACUGCCUCGACCUCCACAAUUCAUCAAAUCACGCUUUGCGUAUACAAGCACAGAGGACUCGCGAACGCAUUUUCUUUUUAAUGAUUUACUCAUAUUCUGCUUGGAUCUAAAAGUAAAAUACAUAUAUAAAGGUCAAAUUGAUUUGGCUUUUGCUACACUAAAGGACAUUCAGGAUGGCCAAGCAGAUAAACCAUUCUGUUUUCAAAUAAGCACUCAGACACAAGAUGGGGUUAAAGUAAAUCAUACAGUUCGAGCCAAGAGUGAACAAGAGAAGAGUGAAUGGAUGACGAGGAUUUCCGAUGCAAUUUCUGCAUUGCAGAAUGGAAUUAGAAGGUCGUAUAAUAACGUGGGUGAACAACAUUUGAAACCCAUCCGUCAAUCAAAUUUUUCGGUCUCUGCAUCCAAACGACAAACACAACCUCCAAGCCGUGCCCCUAUAGAUCCGCUCUUUUAUUCACCAAAAGUUCCUUCAGGUAAAUCCACUAAAUCGAAAAAAGAAAAAGACAAAAACAACCGUAAUUCCGCACCAGCAGUAUCCUCAAAUAAAAAAAAUCGAGAAACAUUAUCAUUCGAUAAGUUACAAAAUGUCGGAUUGGAUUUACCCUUUGUGUAA